AUGGGGGACAGGGCGUCGUGCAGGUUCCGCACGGUGUGCGUCUUCUGCGGCAGCAGCGCCGGCAAACGCAGGGUGUUCGGCGAUGCGGCCCUCGACCUUGGCCGCGAGCUGGUGACGAGGGGCGUCGACCUGGUCUACGGCGGCGGCAGCAUCGGGCUCAUGGGCCUUGUCGCGCGGACGGUGCUCGACGGCGGCCGCCGUGUCGUCGGGGUGAUUCCCAGGGCUCUCAUGCCUGUCGAGAUAUUAGGUGAGAGUGUGGGGGAAGUAAAGGUUGUGUCUGACAUGCACGAGAGGAAAGCAGAGAUGGCUCGACGAUCUGAAGCAUUCAUCGCUCUUCCAGGGGGGUAUGGAACCAUGGAGGAGCUGUUGGAGAUGAUAACAUGGUCCCAACUCGGAAUUCACAACAAACCUGUUGGGUUGCUGAAUGUGGAUGGUUACUAUGAUACCCUGCUUGCCCUAUUUGACAAAGGCGCGCGAGAGGGCUUCAUCAACCCAGACUGUACACACAUACUUGUCUCAGCGCCGACCGCCACGGAAUUGCUGACAAAGAUGGAGGAAUACACUAGGUCGCACCAAGAGGUGGCCCCAACGACGAGUUGGGAGAUCUCAGAUCUUGGCUACACAAAAGCACCACCGGCUGACGGAUGA